UUUCAUUUUCCUCUCAACAAUCUUGCUUCAUGUUUGUCCUGCUUCUCCCUUUUCUCUAGGUUGGUACAGAGGCUUUUCCACCAAGAAGCCAUCCAUCAAGGGUAUUUUUCCUGUCAGCUAUGUCCACUUAAAGAAAUCUACAGUGACAAAUAGAGGGCUGUGUGAGACAGUGGUGCCUCUGGAGGAUCCCAUCAUCACAGAGACCACCUCAACGCUGCAGGAAUGGGGCAUUCUGUGGAAGCAGCUCUAUGUGAAACACAAGGUGGAUCUGUUUCAUAAACUGCGCCAUGUGAUGAACGAGCUCAUCGACCUGCGUCGGCAGCUCAUCCAGGGCCACCUCGCUCAGGACCAGACUCGUGAGAUCAAGAGGCACAUCACCGUACGGCUGGACUGGGGAAACGAGCACCUCGGCCUCGACCUCGUUCCCAGAAAAGAGUUUGAAAUGGUGGAUCCGGAUCAGAUCAGCGUGUCGGAGUUAUACAAACUGCAUGUAUCCAGCAGACACUGUGGUCAGCAAAGCACAAACCAGGGUGACAGCAUGAGGCAGCGUCAUGGCGAUGGUUGUCGCAUCCCUGUGUCACACCACCUCUUCAUCAAUCUGAAGAGCUUCACCUACAACAGCAUCAGUGAAGACGCAGACGUCUUCUUCUCUCUAUAUGACUCUCGUGAAGCCAAACAAAUCAGUGAGAAGUUCAUGGUGAAACUGAAUAAAAAUGGAGGACCAAAGAAUCCAGAGAAAGUUGAUCGCCUUUGUGCACUCUUUACGGACCUAAGCAGUAAAGACUUGAAGAGAGACCUGUACAUUGUUGCACAUGUAAUAAGAACUGGUCGUAUGCUGCUGAAUGACUCAAAGAAAGGCCCCCCACACGUCCAGUAUAGACGACCUUAUGGAUGUGCCGUGCUUGCCAUGAGCGAUGUUUUCCACACCAUUACAGACCUCAAAGAGGAGAAGGACUUUGUACUCAAAGUUUACACCUGCAACAACGAAAAUGAGUGGUACCAGGUCCACGAGAACAUCAUCCGCAAGUCCAACACCAAGUACUCAGCUCCCAGCACCAAUUAUGGCCUCAUCAUUUCCCUGCAGCUGCUGCGAGGUGAGCUGGAGCAGAUCAGACGGGAGAACCAGGCUGUGUUCAACAGGGCGUUGGCGCUCACACGCAAACUGGGUUUCCCAGAUGUCAUCUUGCCAGGUGAUACACGCAAUGACCUGUAUCUGACCCUGGAACGAGGGGAGUUUGAGAGGGGUGGCAAGAGUGUCCAGAAGAACAUUGAAGUCACCCUGUAUGUUCUCUACGCUGACGGGGACACGCUCAAAGACUGCAUCAGUUUGGGCACCGGCGAGCCGAGCACCUCGGAGUAUCGCUCGUUCGUUCUUUACCACAACAACAGCCCUCGCUGGAGCGAGAUGGUCAAGCUGCCCAUCCCUAUCGACCGUUUCAGGGGGUCCCACCUUCGCUUUGAGUUCAGACACUGUUCAACUAAAGACAAAGGAGAGAAAAAGUUGUUUGGUUUUGCCUUCACUCCUCUGAUGAGAGAGGAUGGGACCACACUCUCAGACGAGGUCCAUGAGCUGUAUGUGUACAAGUGUGAUGAAAAUGCCACAUUCAGCAACCAGGGGCUGUACCUGAGCCUCCCCUGCUGCAAGGAGGACUUCAACAGCUGCCCCAACCUGCCAGCCAACCUGCCUUUCCAGAGGAGCCCUAAAGAAACAUUCUGGGUCUCCACCAUCCUCUGCUCCACAAAACUCACUCAGAACGUGGACCUCCUGGCCCUCCUGAACUGGAAGGCCCAUCCGGACAGGGUGUUGGACAUCCUCGGUCGACUGCGACAGAUCAGCGGAGAGGAGAUUGUGAAGUUCCUGAGAGAUGUCCUGGAUACACUUUUCUGUCUUUUAGAUGACAACACGGACAAAUACGGACCGCUCGUUUUCCAGUCUCUGGUGUUCAUCAUUAACCUGCUCAGGGACAGCCGGUUCUACCACUUCAGACCAGUAAUAGACUCCUACAUCCAAAACCACUUUGCCGGCGCUUUGGCGUACAAAGAGUUGAUUCGAUGCCUGAAGUGGUACAUGGACCGCUCGGCUGAGGUAGUCCGGCAGGACCACAUACAGGAAGCGAUGAGGGCACUGGAGUACCUGUUCAAGUUCAUAGUCCAGUCUCGCAUCCUGUACUCGAGGGCCACCUGUGGGAUGGAGGAGGAGCAGUUCAGGGCCAGCAUCCAGGAGCUUUUCCAGUCAAUCCGCUUUGUCCUGAGUCUGGACAGCCGCAGCUCAGAGAAUCUUGUCUUCACACAGGCUGCACUGUUGAACAGUUUUCCAGACAUCUUCGAUGAGCUGCUGCAGAUGUUCACCGUUCAGGAGGUAGCUGAAUAUGUCAGGGGCACACUAGGGAGCAUGCCCAGCACAGUGGACAUUGGUCAGUCCAUGGACGUGGUCAAACUUCAGUCGAUUGCUCGUACAGUUGAAAGCCGACUCUUCUUCUUUCCUGAGUCCCGGAGUAUUCUGCUGCCAGUCGUCCUGCAUCACAUCCAUCUACAUCUGCGCCAGCAGAGGGAGCUGCUCAUUUGUUCUGGGAUCCUGAGCAGCAUCUUUUCAAUAAUCAAGACCAGCUCCAUGGAGUCCUCUGUUCAAGAAGAAGUGGAAAUGAUGGUGGAGAGCCUUCUGGAUGUGCUGUUGCAGACUCUGCUGUCCAUCAUGAGCAAAUCUCAUUCUGUGGAGACAUCCAGAGGACAACGCUGUCCCCAGUGCACCGCGGAGAUAACGGGGGAGUACGUUUCCUGCCUCCUUUCUCUCCUCAGACAGAUGACAGAGAUCCACUUCCACCACCUUCUCAACAGUUUCCAUAGCAAGGAGGAACUAAAGGAGUUUCUGUUGAAGAUUUUCUGUGUUUUUCGAAACCUGAUGAAGCUGACUAUCUUCCCCAGAGACUGGAGCGUCAUGCGUCUCCUAACCAGCCACGUCAUCGUAGUGACGACUCAGUUUCUGUCUCCGGCGCUGCACAAAAACUUCUCCGAGGGAGAUUUUGAUUUCAAGGUGUGGAACUCCUUUUUCAGCCUCACUGUCCUCUACAUCAACCAGCCCAGUCUGCAGCUGGAAGCACUCCCUCCUGCCAAGAGAAAGAAAACCCUGGACAAGCAUGGGGAUUUGAGAGUAAUAAUGGCAUAUGAGCUCUUCAGCAUGUGGCAGAAAUUAGGUGACAACAAGCCACACUUCAUCCCAGGAAUGAUGGGACCCUUCCUUGGUGUCACCUUAGUUCCUCAGACCGAGGUCCGGAAUAUUAUGAUCCCAAUUUUUCAUGAUAUGAUGGACUGGGAGCAAAGGAAAAAUGGGAAUUUCAAACAAGUGGAGGCAGAGCUGAUGGAUAAGCUGGACAGCAUGGUGUCGGAUGGGAAAGGCGAUGACAACCACAGAGAGCUCUUCAGCUUGUUAACACAGCUGUUUGGUCCUUAUCCAAGCUUGCUGGAGAAGAUUGAGCAGGAGACAUGGAGGGAAACUGGCAUCUCAUUUGUGACAUCAGUCACAAGACUUGUUGAGAGAAUACUUGAUUACAGGGACUGCAUGAAAGGGGACGAGAUGGAGAACAAGAAGAUCAGCGGUUCAGUCAACCUUAUGAACUUCUACAAAUCAGAGGUGAACAAGGAGGACAUGUACAUCCGCUACAUCCACAAACUAAGUGACCUGCAUCUUCAGGCAGAGGAUUUCACAGAGGCAGCGUUCACUCUGCUGCUGUACUGGGAGCUGCUGCAGUGGGAGGACCGGCCUCUGAGGGAUUUUCUCCACUACCCCUGUCAGAGCGAGUGGCAACGCAAAGAAAACCUGAGUCGUAAAAUCCUUCACUACUUCAACAAGGGAAAGUGCUGGGAAUAUGGGAUCUCUCUCUGCCGGGAGCUGGCUUUCCAGUAUGAGACUUUAUAUGAUUAUCAGAGUCUCAGCUGGAUACGGAAAAUGGAGGCAGCGUAUUAUGACAACAUCAUCGAACAGCAGAGGAUCGAGCCGGAGUUCUUUAAGAUGGGCUUCUAUGGGAGGAAGUUUCCUUUCUUCCUCAGGAAUAAGGAGUUUGUCUGCCGCGGUUACGACUACGAACGGCUCGAGGAUUUCCAGCAGAGGAUGCUGGGAGAAUUUCCACAAGCCAUUGCAAUGCAGCACACAAACCAGCCUGAUGACACCAUCCUGCAGAGCGACGCCCAGUACUUGCAGAUCUACGCAGUGACUCCAGUUUCAGACAUCUCUGAUGUGCCUCAGCUGGAGCGUGUGCCUGAGAGGAUCAAGAGUUUCUACCGCAUAAACAAUGUCAGCCGCUUCCACCAUGACAGGCCUUUCCACAAGGGGCCUAAGGACCGGGAGAAUGAGUUCAGGAGUCUGUGGAUCGAGAGAACAACCCUGAUUCUGGCUCGUCCUCUCCCUGGGAUCGCCCGCUGGGCAGAGGUGGAGAGGAGAGAACUGGUGGAGGUGAGCCCACUCGAGAACGCCAUUUACGUUGUGGAGAACAAGACCCAGGAGCUGCGGACUUUGAUCAGCCAGUACCAACACAGGCAGCAUCACGGCAACAUCAACCCGCUCAGCAUGUGUCUCAACGGCGUCAUAGAUGCUGCUGUGAACGGCGGCAUCGCCAGAUAUCAGGAGGCCUUCUUCGAUAAAGACUACAUCAGCAGUCACCCCGAGGACACAGAGCGAAUCACGCAUCUGAAGGAUCUCAUGCAGGAGCUGGUGCAUAUUCUUGGAGUGGGGCUGGCUGUUCAUGAGAAACUGGUGCAUCCAGAAAUGCGUCCUCUGCACAAAAAGCUUGUGGACCAGUUCCACAUGAUGAGGACAGGCUUACACCAUUGUGUGCCCGGCAUGGAUCGAUUCGGCCCCGCUGGCUGCCCAGGGGUCAAUUCUCCCAGAGGCAUCCUCUCCUCGCACAACCACAUGAGCCCUGAGAGCGUCCGGCUGAUGCACAGACACAGCCCUCUGAAUUUGCAAGGCUCCAUCCGACACUCGUCGUCCUCCCUGUCCUCUCACACGUCGAGCGAGGCAGGAAACCUGGUCAUCAUGACUGACGGCCUGAUGGGGGAGCACCCAGAAGAGGCCAUGCACAUGCAGCCGAGCCCGUCGUCUUCUAGUUUGAGUUCAAUCCGCUCCAACUCCUCCCAGAUUAUAAACUCCGCUCCAUCAAGUGCCAGAGGCUCUCCGUCUCUGCCCGAUAAGUCCAAACACAACCGAGAAGUGAUGAUGCUUCUGCCGUCUCACCGUGAGAGGGCCAACAACUCCAUGUAUUACAACGUGGCAGAGAACGGACAGCAGCAGAAUAACCACAUGCAGCGUGCCUUACUUCAGCAAGUUAGCCCCUGUAAGCCUUGUGCUGAUCCUCACAUGAAUCUCCCAGAGAAAGUGUUUUCCAAUGCUUCCAGCAACUGGAGUCUGGAUGGAGAGAACCGGGAGCAGAUGAACUACGUCCCGGCUUCUACCGGAGGAGUGAUCAUGCCCCCUGUUCCUCCCAGAUCCUUCCCAUCAGGACAUUUCAUGAUGCACUGUGAUGCAUUUCACCACCAAAGCACGGAUCCUCCUCCGGCUUUGCCAGUUCGAUCUCUCCGAAAGUCUCCUCUCCACCCUAUCCCCGGCUCCCCCACUAGCCCUCAGUCAGCUUUAGGUGGAAGUAACUCCACACUGUCAGGCAGCGCCAGCAGCGGCGUUUCGUCUCUCAGCGAGAGCAACUUCGGCGGCCAGUAUCCCGAUCCUGGUCCCAUCAGGAACGACGCCUUGGAACCGCUUCCCAGCCAUCUGUGGUCCCCCCCUGAUGAGUACAUGCCUUCUCCCUACCUGCACAUCCACUACGGUGGCACAGAAAUUGACUCCAUUGACCCCGUUCGACCUUUCCAUUACCGCAACCCGGCUUCACACCCACACGGCCACCCACACCCGCACAGUCACCCGCACUCCCACCCUGGGCUUGAGAGCCACUCCCACGGCCCCUCCCAGCACCACCACGUUCCCCCUCACGUUCCCCAUCACAUCCCCUACCGCAGGCCUCAGCCUCCAGCCGUGCCGCCCAAACCCUACCUGAGAGAGGGCUGCAUCCCCGAGGAGGAGCUGACGCCUCAGCCCAUCCCCCUUCCCCGCAGGAUCUUCCACUCCCCCCACGGCCACAGGGAGGACCCAGGAAAACAUCCUUGGGAGCAGUGCAUCAGCGAGGAGCACGAGGAGAACCAAUGAGGGGGCGGCUCCAAUCAGAGCGAUCUUGUCUUUAUCUCUUCAUCUGCACUGAGCCAUGACAAGCAGUACCAGAGCGUCUCGUGUGAAGCAUGUGUGUGUUCCGGGUCGAUCCCCCAUCACCGUGUAUUUUAUCGCCAGUGCACAUGAAGGGAUGAGAAGGAGUGAAACUCCACCGAGCUGCAGCCCGAGGCACAAACUACCUUCGCCGCUCCACAGGGCCUCCUAGGCGGGAUUCAAAGAAGAAUC